AUGAUUUUUUCACAAGCUGUUUUACAUUCAAUCUUAUUUGCAAUCUUAGCAAAUGGUGCUGCUAUUCCAACUGAUUUAGAAUAUGCUGCUUCAGGUUUAAUUCCAUCACAAAGUAUUGUCAUUCCAUCAUCUGGUAUUUCAAUCCCACCACUUCCAUCAAAAGGUUUAGUUUCAAGAGAAGAACAUGAGCAUAAACAUGAACAUGAUCAUUCCAAUGAAAAAAGAGGUUCAGAUCAUGAUGACGAUAAUGAUAAAGAUGAUGACGAUAAAGAUAAAGAUAAUGAUGAUGACAAAGACGAUGAUAAAGAUGAUGACAAUGACAACGACAAUGACAAGGAUGAUGACGAUGAUAAACCAUCAUCAAGUGCUUCCGGUGCUGCCGCUACCUCAUCUUCAAGUGCUUCAUCUUCUGCUUCUGCUACUAAGAGUGGUGACAAUGACGAUGAUGAUGAUAAAGAUGAUGAUAAAGAUGAUGAUAAAGAUGAUGAUAAAGAUGACGAUAAAGAUGACGAUAAAGAUGACGAUAAUGACAACGAUGGUAAGAAGAAGCGUUCAGUCAAGAGAGAUGAUGACAAUGACAACGAUGAUGACAAGGACGAUGACAAGGACGACGACAAGGACGAUGACAAGGACGAUGAUAAAGACGAUGAUAAAGACGACGAUAAAGAUCAUGACAAAGAUAAUGACAAGGACGAUGACAAGGACGAUGACAAACCAUCAUCAAGUGCUUCCGGCGCUGCUGCUACCUCAUCUUCAUCAUCAAGUGCUUCUGCUACAGCUACAAAAUCUGAAAGUGACAAGGAAGAUGAAGAAAAUGACAAAGAAGAUGAAGAAAACGACAAAGAAGAUGAUGACAAUGAUAAAGAUGAUCACGAUGAUAAAGAUAAAUCAAAUGAUCAACCAGGUGAUGGUCGUAAAUAA